UUGUAGCAGCUAGCUUAAUUGUUUCGGUGCAAAAUACAAAUUGGGUAUCCAAGUUCGAUAGUUUAAAAUUGACACUCAACACUCUAGUGAUUCACACAAACAAGAUGUUGGAGGACGAAACACAAUUCGUUCGUUUAUUCCAAGGCAAACGUGUGAAACUUACCCUCAGGACUUCGUCAUUCAUCGGCGUUGUCCAGCAUAUUAAUUGCACUGAGAAAACAGUGGUCCUCACCAACGUCGUGUGUGGCGAUAACGGAUGUGAAAUUCUCGGACGGAGACUGUUCUACGGCCAUGAGAUUCUCAAUGUGGAGUUUGAAGGAAGCGUCGAAUAUGGAACACUUACUGAAUACCUGGAUAACCAAAUGAAGGUGAAACAAUUCCAGCCAUACAGAAAUACUAUUUACCAUGUUGAUGAGGAAGAUGAAUACAUCCAUUUUGAAGUUAUUGAUGGAUUUGAUGAGAAAUUUGGACCUGCUGUGAUGACAAUUAAGCAACAGCAAGUGGUUUCUGUUGGAGCUGAUGGCGUGGAGAUAUUCAAGCAUGGCCGACUGUGUUGGCUUCAGAUCGCCACCAAAAAACAGGUGUAUCUCUUUGACAUCCUGUUACUUGGUGCGAAGGCCUUUAAAAAUGGUCUGUCCAUGAUUCUUGAGAAUAAGCGCAUACUGAAAGUCAUUCAUGACUGCCGACUUAUUGCUGGAUGUCUGAUGACACAAUUUGGAGUAAAGUUGACUAAUGUCUUUGAUACUCAGGUGGCAGAUGUCUUGUGCUUCCACUCUGAGACAGGAGGUUACCUCCCGCACAGAGUAAGCACUCUUCAAGAGGUGGUGAGUCUCUACCUGAAGGUGCCCUGCUCGCAUCUUACAACUCUCAAGACCAAGUCCCAGCUCACCAAGGAGGACAGUGAAUUGUGGUACACGCGUCCAUGUCCCUUACCCAUCUUGAAGGUGAUGGUGCUGUCAGUGAUCCACUUGCAGCCUCUCAGAAUGGUGCUGCUGGAUUCUCUCCUGACUGACUACAUGGCCAUAGUUGACACCUUUCUGUUGAACAGUCUGUACCCGCUUGAUGAUUUGCAGAGUAUCACUCUGGAAAAUAUGUUUGAUUUACCUGCUGAGCUCAUGCAGCUAGAGAAAAUGCGCUGCGAGCGACGGGAGCAUGCCAUCAAACUUUACCCCGUCACAGAUAAAGGCUUACUGGUUCGCUCUAGUCCACAAAGGGAGCCUGAGCCCCAGCCUCAGACCUCAUCUUCAGCGGAGGAACUCCAAUGCACAGAGCCAACUGUGGAACCACUGCCGACAGAAGUUGAGAACUCGUCGCUCCCAACUCUGAAUGUGGUCCCUUUAGAAGGAGUUGUGAACACCUUCUCAGAGCCUGUCAGGGAAAUGCCUUUGAGCAAUGCAGGCAGAGGGUUCACAUCACUUCUAAUGGGAGUGAUGGGUCGAGGGAGGGAUUUUGGGAAAGGACAACCAGUAACUAGCACCCACCCACUCCCUGAUUCAGAUGCUAACAGCACAAAUCCCUAAAUGGAUCUCACUAGUCUUUGAGCCAGUUCGUUCCAACCAAACUAAGCACCAGUCCGGCUGUCACAAAUGUUUGUUUGUCCAGCGUUUGACCACUAGAUGUCACUAAAGUAAAAAUUGUGCUUUGUUUGAGCAUCUGCAAGAUCUGCAAGUUGUAGUUUUUUUGUGACUGUUAUAGCUUGGUGCAAGAUUUGAAUUAUGUUAUUAAAAACAAU